AUGCUCCUGCUAUUGAAAUUACUAUGGGAAAAUCUUCGAGAAUUCGAUGAAAAAUAUCGAGAUCGUCGUUCGGAAAACUUUUGUUUUGUGCAGCCAAUACAUCUAUGCGGCGCUGUUCUAGCUUAUUAUGUGUUCAUUAAGCAUCUUGGGCCCAAAUUAAUGGAAAAUCGUAAACCGUUCGAACUGAAGUAUGUCCUGCUUGUGUACAAUGCAGCGCAAGUACUCAUCAAUAGCAUCCUCCUAAUUUUGGGCUGCUUUACUGUCGUGUAUUAUAAACCAUACGAACGCUUGACUUGCAUGAUGCCGGUGAUGCAGCGCACAGAUGCUGGCAUGGCGGAGUUAAACUUUUCCUAUGCGUAUUAUCUGCUUAAAUACCUGGACUUUGCGGACACUGUAUUCUUUGUGCUGCGCAAGCGCUACAAUCAAGUGAGCUUCCUGCAUGUGUACCAUCACAUCAUGAUGAGCGUGUCCAUUUUUGUGUACCUGCGCUACUUGCCUGGUGGCCAUGGCGCAGUGUUGGGCUUCCUCAAUCUGAAUGUGCAUACCAUUAUGUAUUUUUAUUAUUUCAUUUCGGCACUGCAGCCCGAGUUGAAACAGUCGAUAUGGUGGAAGAAACACAUUACCCAAGCGCAAAUACUGCAAUUUCUGCUUUUGCUAUUGCACUUUACGCGCGCGCUCUUCGAUGCAGAAUGCGAAUAUCCUAAAAUGGCUAUACUGUUUGCGGUCAUUCAAGCUGUGGUGAUGCUGAUGCUCUUUUCGGACUUUUAUUAUAAGGCUUACGUUCGCAGCAGCAACAAAAAAUUAGGGACACAAAUAAACGGAAAAGAAACUUGCAGUAAAAUGGGGGAACAUCUGAGGGCGAUGGAUUUGGGUGGAACAGAAAUGAAACCUUGUAAAUUUUGA